UUGCCUCAUUAACCUAAUUCAUUCCUUUCAACUCUCUGCUACAUGUGUCGUCAGAUUACGCUCACCCAUAUAUUGCAAGUUUCCAUCCCUUUCUCUAUUGUUCAAUGAAGAAUCACAUUCUCCUUUUAUAAAGAAGUACAAUACUAUUAUUGAUCCUGCUGAGGCUAUGUGCCAAUUAAAUUCUGAAAACAGGAAAAAAAAAAUGAGGCAUCGAAUGGGACCUAUUAAUUUUGCAAGAGUGCGUGUGUCAUUGGGUGCAACCAAAGAGAACAACGAGGAAUCAUCAAAGUCUGAAAUGUUCAUUACAACUCGUACAAAGAAAGGGAAGGAAGUUCAUACAAAUAUUCAAGUUGCAAUAUCUAAAUUUCAGAAUCGUCAAAGUUCCAGAGAAACAACAGAUGAUGCAUUUAGGGUUUUUGGAAAGGAUCAGCUUGGUCGGGUUAGAUGCUAUGAUAGAUCGAUGACGACAAGCUCUCUGAAUAAAGAUAAAGAAAUUACCAAGCUAAACAACAACAUGCCAACGAAAUAACUUCUCUGAAGGAAGAAAUGAAGGAAAUGAUAAGAGAAGAAAUGCUAUGAUUUUUUAGUCAAUUGGUGAAAAACAACCCUGGACUGGAUUUUUAUGAUAUACAAGAGUGUGUUGGAUCUAAUAUUCCUUCACCGGUUGAUGCAAGUAGUGAACGAGCUAUGAGAGGCCAUAAUUUACCACAUUCUUCUGGCUCAACUCAUGCCCCGAGUCUUGAAAAGGAAAAUACGGGUGGUGCAAUUAGAAAUGAUGGCCACAAAUCAAUUUGAUUCAUUAAAGUGAAUGGUGAACACCUUUUGAACAAUUGUGAUGUUUAUUUUUAUUUUAUAUUGAUACUAUAAAUAUGAAUACAUUUGAUUUUGUAGA